AUGUCUCUACAAAUCGAGGAGGUUCUUUACCAUGAGAAAUCUGACUGUCAGGACGUAAUGGUUCUAAAAAGCAAAACCUAUGGCAAAGUUUUGGUUUUGGAUGGAGUAAUCCAGUGUACAGAACGUGAUGAAUUUUCCUACCAAGAGAUGAUAGCUCAUUUACCUCUCAACUGUCAUCCUUGUCCUAAAAAGGUUUUGGUCAUUGGAGGUGGUGAUGGUGGAGUCUUAAGGGAAAUUGUGAAACAUCCUCUUGUUGAAACUGUAGAUCUCUGUGAAAUUGACAAGAAAGUUGUUGAAGUCUCAAAGAAGUAUCUUCCACAACUUGCAUGUGGAUUCAGUAGUCCUAAGUGCAACAUCCAUUUUGCUGAUGGUUUCAAAUUCAUGGCUGAUCACAGAAAUGAAUAUGAUGUUAUCAUUACGGAUUCCUCUGACCCAAUUGGCCCAGCAUCAUCAUUGUUUGAGCAAUCCUACUAUGAACUGAUGAAGAAAGCCCUCAGACCAAAUGGUAUAAUCUGUAAUCAAGGUGAAUGUGUGUGGCUACAUUUAGACCUCAUAAAAAGCAUGAAGAAUUUUUGCCAGAAGCUUUAUCCAGUUGUGGAAUACUGUUACACAACUAUACCAACAUAUCCAAGUGGACAGAUUGGCUUUUUGAUUUGUAGCACAAAUCCAGAUAGUAAUUUGAAAGAACCAGUACGUGAAUUCUCUCGAGAAGAAAUCAAGAAAUUAGGAUUACGAUAUUAUAAUAGUGAUAUUCACAGAGCUGCUUUUGUACUGCCAGAAUUUGCUCGGCAGGCUUUAGAAGAUUGA